AUAUACAAAACUCACGAGGAAGAGCCGAAGCUUGAAGAGGCGUGCUCUAUGUAACACAACUGAACUCUCUAAUCUCAAUUAUUUCUUCAAGUUUAAUUAACUUCAAUAAUGCGAUCUACGUUAUUGAAAAGAAGACAUUAAUAGUGUGUUUUGAAGGGUACGUAUCCUCAUAAUUUGUCCCUUUCUAUUUAUUUAAAGAUCUGUUUAGUGGGCUCAACGUUAGCAAGCCUCUUGGUUGCUAGCGUCGCAACCACAUCAGUUAUUGCGUUUCCCUUGGCUCGGUAGGUGACAGCUUGAAUAUUGGUAAUGGCUACUACUGAAAACAUGGAAUCCAGUUCCCCUGAGUACAAAGGGGACCAUGGUGCAGCUGACUCGGAUUCCAAGGUUCCACAUAAAGUCCUGUAUUGUGGAGUGUGCUCUUUGCCAACAGAGUACUGUGAGUAUAUGCCAGAGCCAGCAAAAUGCAGGCACUGGCUGGAGAAGAACUUUCCAGAUCUCUUUGCUAGGCUGACUGUAGGCCCCCAGGGAAACAUACCGAAACUGGAGGUUGUGACCGGAGAGGAACCACCAUUAGUUGAAGAGGAGGAGAGGAAGAAACAGAAGCGAGGUGGAAGAGGCCAGAUUAAACAGAAAAAGAAAUCGGUACCACAGAAAGUCACAAUAGCAAAGAUCCCGCGGGCAAAGAAGAAAUACGUCACAAGAGUGUGUGGCCUACAAACGUUUGACAUCGAGCUUAAGGAUGCUCAGCGGUUCUUUGCCCAGAAGUUCUCCUGUGGAGCCUCGGUGACGCCGGAGGAUGAGAUCAUUAUUCAGGGAGACUUCACAGAUGACAUCAUUGAUGUCAUUCAGGAAAAGUGGCCAGAGGUGGACGAUGACAGCAUCGACGAUUUGGGAGAAGUCAAGAAGUGAAGAUCUAAUAUGCACUUUUACUGAUUAUGGAUGUGACAUGUAACAGCAAAACCUUGGCCAAAUGUACACGUUAACAUUAAAAAAAAAAGAAUCAUUUUAUAUCUAUUUUAUUUACUGUAUAUAAAUACUGCAGACUUGGCAAUUUUAGUUAUGAUAGCUGCUUUCUCAUUUGCCAAAAGCUGUGGUAUGAUGUGAAUCCCUCCCAUUUCUCUCAACACAAAUCUAGGCUAAUAAAUUUCAGUCUCAUUCA